AUGGACUGGGCCGUGACGAAUCCCGCCUCCUUCCGCGUCAACAACGCGGUGGUAGGCGAAUGGGCGCCCGAUAUGCCCUCCUUCGUGCCUUUCAUGAAGAAGCCCCAUGAUUCGCAUCCGUCUAUCGACCACCUCAUAUUACUCGUCUUCGAGGCUGUUAUGGAAGUCGUCUGUGUUGCACUGCCGGGCUACAUCAUAGCAAGGAUGGGUCACUUUGAUGCCGAGAAGCAAAAAUUUCUGGCCAACCUGAACGUCCAGAUCUUCACGCCGUGCCUGAUCUUUACGAAGCUCGCAUCGCAGCUGAAUGCCAGCAAGCUGGUUGAGCUGGCUGUCAUCCCCAUCAUCUUCUUGGUCCAGACUUUCGUCUCGUACAUUGUCUCCGUCUGCGUUGCCAGGGCUUGCCGGCUCAACAAGAGGCCGGCCAAUUUUGUCACGGCCAUGGCUGUGUUUGGCAAUUCGAAUUCGCUCCCCAUCUCGCUUGUCAUCUCGCUUUCACAGACCCUUAAAGGCCUCCACUGGGACCGUAUCCCUGGCGACAACGACGACGAGGUUGCCGCCAGAGGUAUCCUCUACCUGAUGAUCUUCCAGCAGUUGGGUCAGCUUGUCAGGUGGACCUGGGGAUACAACGUCUUACUGGCGCCGAAGCAACACGACGACGACGGUGACGACACCAGGACGUUGGAGGAAGGCAACCGCACUGAUGAAGCACCCCCAGGGGCUGGAGGAGCUCUCAUACCGGGACUCGAUGGCGGCCUUGUGCACGAUCACGGCGAUGAUGGCCAAAGCUCGGACGGGUCGGAUGUCUAUGAGCCAGCCGGCCGCACGCCUGUUGUUGGCACGUCGAGGGCCUCACCCAACGAGUCCGAAGAUGAAGAAGACUCCAUGCUUAUAAAGAAGCAUCGCAACGGCAGUCCAAAAUACACCACUGGGAGCAAUGGUACUUUCGUUCUACCUGAGCCUGCAUCCGGGGAUGAAAUUAUGUCCUUCCCUCGCAUGCAUGAUCUAGAUGAGCCUGACACACCUGGCGGAUUCAAGGGCUUGGCUGUACGAGCGAAGCUAGCCCUGAGGAGAGUCACCGCGACCUUGAAACAUAGGACUGUCCGGGCAUCCCAACGAGCUUUCCAUGGCCUUCCUCUGCCAGUGCAGACAUGCCUUGCAGCAACUGGCCACGGGCUUCUGCGUUUCUAUAAUGGACUCCGGGACUUUAUGAACCCGCCGCUAUGGGCCAUGUUGGCUGCCAUUAUCGUCGCCUCGAUCCCCGAUCUCCAGCGUCUGUUCUUCCAGGACGGGUCUUUCAUCAAGAACAGCGUAACAAGUGCAGUGUCAUCCAGCGCCGGGGUUGCCGUGCCCCUGAUUCUGGUCGUGCUUGGGGCGAACCUUGCCAGAAACACGCAGAACCAGGAGGUCAAGGAUCUCGAAGAGGAACAGAUUGGCACUCGGCUGCUUGUAGCGUCAUUGGUUAGUCGUAUGCUCUUGCCUACCAUCAUCAUGGCCCCGAUUCUCGCCGUCUUUGCGAAGUAUGUGCCGGUCAGCAUUCUCGAUGAUCCUAUCUUCGUCAUCGUAUGCUUCCUUCUGAGUGGUGCUCCGAGCGCGCUUCAGCUGGCCCAAAUCUGCCAGAUCAACGAGGUUUACGAGACAGUCAUGUCCAAGAUUCUGUUCCAGAGCUACGUCGUUUGGAUCCUCCCUUCGACGCUAAUACUCGUCAUGCUUGCUCUGGAAACUGUCGAAUGGGCGACAUAA